AUGCCGGGCCGUCUUCUUUCUCUUGUUCGCCCCGCGCCUGCGUCAUCGCCGCCCUUUGACCAGUUAAAGGGCCAGAAGAACCAUUCCGACAUACCGCCUCUGUUCCCCCCUGUCUACUCUGUCGAGCGCCCCUCGAAAAACAAAUCACAAGAGUCGCUCGUCAUGGAGGCUUUCAAACGUCAUGGCCUGGGCUCUCGUCAGAACUCGUUCAAGAAAAGCCCAAAGGCCAGUCCCAAAGUGGAACCCCAGCCUGCAGCCAUUCUGAACAUGGUGGUCGAGUCGCCUCCUCUAGUCUUCUUCAACUCGCCGCAAGCAUCCACUGGUGCCAUCAUUUCUGGCUUGCUCAAGAUUGAGGUGCACGAGCCAAAUGUUACCGUCGAUAAGAUGGUGAUGCGGCUUCUUGCCAUUGUUACUACAAGGAAGCCUGUGCACCAGCAUUGCCCAGACUGCGCUUCCCAGACCACCGAGAUCCACAAGUGGGAGUUUUUGCGGGGAGCCGUCAAGUUGAACUUUGGCGACCACUCCUUCCCUUUCAGCCAUCUGGUCCCUGGCCACCUGCCUGCAACUACGCACGGCCAAAUUACCACCCUCGAUUACUACCUGGACGCUGUUGCUACCUUGUCCAAUGGCAAGAAGCUCGAGUACAAGCGCGCUCUGGACAUCAAGCGAUCAAUCGUCCCCGGUCCUGAUAAGCACUCGAUCCGCAUUUUCCCUCCCACCAACCUUACCGCAUCGGUCAAAUUGCCCCCGGUCGUCCAUCCUAUUGGCGACUUUGGCGUCGAAAUGCGCCUCUCUGGUGUAACACAGACUAAAGAUGACUCGCAGUCGCGCUGGCGCCUCCGCAAGCUCAAUUGGCGCAUCGAGGAGACCCAGAAGUCCAUCUCCCCCGCUUGCCCAAAGCACGCCAACAAGGUCGGCGGAGAAGGAAAGGGCAUUCUCCACGAUGACACCCGCACCAUUGCCAACGAGGAGGUCAAAACUGGAUGGAAGACAGACUUCACCGAGGGCAACAUCGACUGCGAAUUCCGCGCCCGGUGCAACAUCGCCCACAACCCUCUCUGCGACAUGGAUAGCCAGAGCGGAAUGAGCGUUAGGCACAAUUUGGUCAUCGAGAUGGUCGUUGCCGAAGAAUGGGCUCCGCUCAAGAAGCUGAGCCAGGCAACCCCCACCGGCGCUGCUCGUGUCCUCCGAACGCAGUUUCACCUCGUGCUUACCGAGCGCUCUGGCAUGGGCAUUUCCUGGGAUGAGGAGCAACCACCACUGUACGAGGACGUUCCCGCUAGCCCACCCACCUACAUUACCGACUACGAUGGCCCACCACUGCACGAUGAUCACGAUGACCUUCACCUUGGUUGA